AGGCGGCCGUUUCUCCCCGGGAACUCCGUUUAUUUUUUUUGGGUUUCCCGCGAGAACUUCUUCUGGUGACCGGCACGUCCUGACUGGGCAAUUCGCCUGACAUCGGCUGCGUGGAGAUUCCACAUAGUGAAUAGGAGUACAGCGCUGACAACCGAAAGGGAAGAGGCCAAGGCCGCACCGUGCUGACAAGAGUGCAAAAGGUCCUCCAGUGAUACACGGAGUUAGGGGGAAAGUCCCUAUUACCUGCCUGAGGAGAGACGAGGCCAGAGAGACGAUUAUUUUCCUGCGUGGUCAGUGCAAUAGACGCCCAGCCACCAAGCAGUGAGUGGACAGGAGACCCCCACUAUUACCUGUCCGAGGACAGCCCACUGAAUACCUCGCAGGUACCAUUCCGUGCGUGGGGAGACCGCUCCUCGGGCACCCACCUGCAUUUGCCAGCGUGGAAAGAAGAGGAUUUGGCAUCAUUAUCUACUUCUAUAGGCCUGUGAGAAGGACCACGUUGAAUGGGAAACCCCACAGCCCCCUUGAUAUCCCCUCUGUGUAGAAAGAGCAGCUACUCGACGAAAGACGUAUCAGUGAGGCUGUGGCUUCACCAAGGAGAAAGAGCCCUUUGUAAGACGGUGGUCUCCUCUCAGUGCCGUCAGACUUUAUAUGCCCUGAGGGAUGCCAUCUGAAGAACCCGAGCAGGUGGAUAAGUCAGAAGAUGGAGAUAUAACAUCCACAUGAAGUGAAUAAGUGACCCGAAUAACCAUUUCAAGGACAUCGGCAACCAGGAUAAGCUUUAUAAUAACUCAAGAACCCUUCUGAAGUGAACCGGAAGACCACAAGGAUACUGCGAUCUGCUUCAAAACGUUGCUGUUUUCGUUAUAUGGAGGGAAGGCAGUUCCCACUUUCUGGUCAACCUCUUAUUUACUUACAAGCCGGCUGAAUACUAUCUCUAUGUAGUGACAAGAGGUCCAACGCCUCCGUGAAUGAGGGAGGAGACCGGAUAGAACAUUUUUUUUUGGUUUGUUUUGUGGUGCAACUUAGAAGUUAGUCAAAGAGCCUUCAAUAGUUUUUUUUUUUUUUUGUCCCCAUCCCCUUCCCCCCCAUUUUUCUCCUCUGAUUAGCAGAGGAAUGCCAAACCUAGCACGGCAUGGGAACAAGAAGGACAGUGGAGGAUCAGCAUCUACCAUGCCACAAAGCAGUGGCAGUUCCAAUAGCAGAGACCGGUCACGGCUCAUCUCUAAACACAAACGGCAUAAGUCCAAGCAUCUCAAAGACUCUCCAUCUGCUUCUGAGCCACAGGCUCCUACAACACUGAAACUCGUUGAGUACGACGAUAUUAGCUCGGAUUCUGACACCUUUUCGGAUGACGUACCAGCUAAAGCAGAUAGAAGGGAAAAUGACGAAAGGAGGGCAUCUGAAAGGAGUGAGAAAUUGCAUCGGUCCAGACACCGCCACCAACACAAAAAACCUAAGGAUGCUCCCAGGGCUAAGCAGGUGGAGAAAGAGAAGAAACCAGAAAAGAGCCAAGAUAUCAUAAGCAAAGUACCCAGUGCCAAGGACAGAACACCUGGCACGCUCAAAAGGCCAGCAGAGGAACUGGAAGAAAAUGCACGAGCUUCCAAGAGUAGUAGUAGUAGUAAAGAAGUUCGUGCGUCUAAAGUUCGAGAAAAGUCUCGGAGAGAGAGAGAACUGAAGUCAGGGCACAAAGAUAGGAGCAAGAGCCACCGAAAGAGAGAUUCGACUAAAAGAUACAAGACUUCUGACAGCCCCAAGAGGAAAGGUCGAAGCCCACGCAGGAAGUAUGGAAGUAGUCCAAGGCAGGAUGAUAGCAAUUCUGAUGCGUCAGGAGGUGGGCAAGACUAUGAUGGUAGUCCUCCACGAUCUCAUGCAUCAAGCAACUAUGUUGAGGCCUACAAGAAGAGUUCUGACAGCCCAGCUUACAGGGAACCGGCUGCCUACCAGAGCAAUGCUCGGUCACCCAGUCCUUACGCCCGCAGGCAACGUUCAGUGAGCCCUUACCGGAGGAGGUCCUCUAGUUACGAGAGGGGAAGCGGCUCCUACAGCGGGAGGUCUCCAAGCCCGUACGGACGCAGGAGGUCCAGUAGCCCCUUUGUAUCGAAGCGUUCAGUGAGUCGGAGCCCCGUAGCCAGGAAAUCUGCCAAGUCUAGAAGCAGGAGUCCUGUGUACUCCAGAAAGGUAACCUCAUCCUCGUCUCGGAGCAAGAAGCAGAAGUCUCAGUCGCGAAGUCGCCAUUCCAGUAUUUCACCUGCCCGCUUGCCCUUAAACUCCAGUCUGGGUGCAGAACUGAGCCGAAAGAAGAAGGAAAUCGCUGCUGCCGCGGCAGCUAGUAGGGAGUCAAAGGGCAGUCCGUUAUUGCUUAAAAAGGACAUGAGAGAGGGGAAAGGGAUCUCUAUACUUGACUCUAAAAAGCUUACCAAAAUUACCAAACUUGAAAAAUCUGUAUCUGAUACAGAAUUAUUAUCUACAGCCAACACGGAGAACAGGGCACCAACUGGGUCUGCGAAACCAGAAGAGAGUGAAAAAAAGCCACCGUUAUUGGCUAAGGACCCAAAACCGUCAGUAUCAAAGGACAACAAACCAGCAUCCCUUAAAGAGGAUGUUUCGCCGCCAAAGGAGGUGGUAGCGGACAGAGAGAAGGAAAAGGAAAUACCACCGCCUUUACCUCCUCUGAAAUCACCUCAGCCCCCUUUACCAGCCUGCUCUCCUCCCCCUCCAACUCCACCGCUGCCACCUCUCCCUCCUUGCCCAGCGACACCUCUCCAGCCGCCUCCGCCUCUUCCUCCCCAGCCUGCAUUGACGUUCCUUCCUCUGCCUCCUUCUGUAGCAGCCUCCUUGGCCUCCAUCCAUACAAGAGGAACAUCUCUGUUCACUCAGGCAAAUUCCCAGCCCCCAGUACCAUCACCAGCCAAAUCACAGCCGCCUGUCAGUCUAACCAUCCCUCACCUGAAGACCUCAACACUGCCUCCCCUACCACUCCCACCAUUGCUUCCUGGAGAGGAUGACUUAGACAGUGCUAUAGAAAUUCCUCCUCCCAAACCCAUCAAGAAGGAAAAGGAGCAGAGACCCCGGCAUCUCCUCACUGAUCUUCCAUUGCCUCCUGAGCUCCCAGGCGGGGAUCCAUCUCCUCCAGAAUCUCCAGAGCCGAUAGCGAUAACACCCCCUCAACAACCAUUAAAAAAGAGACCAAAAAUUUGCUGUCCCCGUUAUGGCGAGCGAAAGCAGACGGAAACAGACUGGGGGAAACGCUGUGUAGACAAAUUUGACAUUAUUGGUAUUAUUGGCGAAGGGACAUACGGGCAAGUCUACAAAGCCAAGGACAAGGAUACAGGAGAACUUGUGGCCUUAAAGAAAGUCCGCCUGGAUAAUGAGAAGGAGGGUUUCCCUAUAACUGCCAUCAGGGAAAUCAAAAUUUUACGUCAACUCAUCCAUCGCAGUGUGGUCAACAUGAAGGAGAUUGUCACAGACAAACAAGAUGCUCUGGACUUCAAGAAAGACAAAGGUGCCUUUUACUUGGUAUUUGAAUACAUGGACCACGACCUGAUGGGGCUACUAGAGUCUGGGUUGGUGCAGUUUUCAGAAGACCAUAUAAAAUCUUUCAUGAAACAACUAAUGGAAGGACUGGAAUAUUGCCACAAAAAGAACUUUCUCCACCGAGACAUAAAGUGCUCAAACAUCCUGCUAAACAACAGUGGUCAGAUCAAGUUAGCAGAUUUCGGGCUGGCUCGGCUCUAUAGCUCAGAAGAGAGCCGUCCAUACACUAAUAAAGUGAUUACAUUGUGGUAUCGGCCCCCGGAGCUGCUUCUAGGAGAGGAGAGAUAUACCCCAGCCAUAGACGUGUGGAGCUGCGGGUGUAUCCUGGGUGAACUCUUCACCAAAAAACCAAUCUUCCAGGCAAACCAGGAGCUGGCUCAGUUAGAACUCAUCAGUCGACUCUGUGGAAGCCCCUGUCCGGCUGUCUGGCCGGAUGUCAUCAAGUUACCCUAUUUCAACACCAUGAAACCCAAGAAACAAUACAGACGGCGGUUACGCGAGGAGUUUUCUUUCAUUCCCUCGCCUGCUUUGGAUUUGCUGGACCACAUGCUCACUCUGGACCCCAGCAAACGGUGCGCAGCCGAGCAGGCCCUGCAGAGCGACUUCCUCAAGGAUGUUGAUGUCGGCAAAAUGGCCCCACCAGACCUCCCCCACUGGCAGGAUUGCCACGAGCUGUGGAGCAAGAAGCGCAGAAGACAGCGACAGAGCGGUGUUUCUGUGGAAGAGCCCCCUGCUGUCAAGGCUUCGCGUAAAGAAUCUGCGGCACCGCCAGGUGCAGAACCCAUCAAGAACAAUAGCCCGGCCCCAACGCAACCCGCCAAGACGGAGGCCGUUCCCCCCGAUCUCUCGGUUCUUGGAGAUAUAACACAACAACUCAAUCAGAGUGAAUUGGCCAUCUUGCUAAACCUUCUCCAGAGCCAGACAGAUCUCACUGUAUCCCAGAUAUCCCAGCUCCUAAAUGUCCAGGCCAACCCAGACAUGCAGCAACAGCUUGAGGCGCUGAAUCAGUCCAUCACAGCCUUGACUGGCCCACCUACGCAUCCACAGGCUGAGCCCCCCAAAGAACUCCAAGCUCAGGACCAAGCGGGGCUUGACGAGGCUGGAACUCAGGGAGAGAUUCAGAAUGUCCUAGCAGUCCUAUUGAGCCAACUAAUCAAGCCCCAGGAGGUGGCGGAAAUCCCUACUGAGAGCAAUGGUGAACAGAGUGGAAACUCCACAUUACCCCCUAAACCUGAGGAAAGAGAAAUGCAAGAAGAUGAAGUGGAAGAGGAUGACACAGAUGGUGUGAAAAGAAGUAAUCCUCCCACUGCUUGUCAGCCUCGUAUUCUACCACCGGAGAAGAGACCUCCUGAGCCUCCAGGUCCUCCUCCUUCACUUCCACCUUCCCUUACAGAGCAAGACACCCCGGACGUGAAUCCAGUGGUAACGGCUGCCCUGCUUCAGCUGUUCCCGCAGGCAGAGGUGGAGACGGAUGUUGUGAAGGGUGGCCGGGAGAGACAUGCCCACCGUCCGCCACCAGACUUUUCACAAAGCCUGCCUUCCAGGACUUUCAGCUCAGAGGGGUCAGAGGACGUGUUUACUGAUGACAAAGACUCAGGGCAGUUGUUAGGGGAAUGUUCACCUCAAGGUGGGAAAAGUAGGACAUUCCCAGGGCAGCUGGGUGAAUCCAGUGGUUACCAGGGCACGGGAUCCCUUCAGUUCCCAGGGGACCAAGACCUCAGGUUCACCAGGAUUCCGUUGGGGUUGCAUUCUGGCGCAGUGCCUCCGCCUGGACAACUAGAGGGAAGCAGUAACAGUUCUCACCACUAUCAAGAAGCCAAAAUCGCUAAUUACAGCGAGCUGGGGUCAGGGACAGCAGCAGGAACAAACCAGACAUGGGUGGCCCCGUCUCAGGCAUUCAGUAAACCGUACCGGGCUCCCACCCGUGUGCCUCCAAGAGGGGGUCGGGGAAGAGGAGUCCCUUACUGAAAUCCGGUGACACUGUAGUACUGUCUCCAUCCCUCCUGUGCUUUUUUUUUUUUUUUUUUUUUUGGUUCCAGUGGGGGAUACUAUCAAAACGGGGCUGCAGGGAGUUGUUGUGACAGUUUAGUGAAUACAACAAUACAGCCAUGUAACACAUAACAUUGUUGGGUGCUCUCGACAGAAAGGAGGACUUGUCUACAAAUUGCUGCUUACAUGCAUAGGAAUGUCCGUGGGACCUCUCCCACCCCUGUUUAGUUGAGUUUUUUUGCAUCCCUAUCUUUCUCUUGUUUAUAAGUUGUUGCUAGGUUUUACACUUGUGCUCUUCCUGGGGCAAGGUCUGUCCUCCAGUGAUCGGAGGCGCUGUUAUUACUAGACGGUUGAAAUGAGGACUGUGUAACCGAGGUCUCGCCUUGAAUCCCGUCUGCCACCAAAAGAAGCCCAGCAUGGGUUUGCUGGCUACUUAGGUUAACAAGUCGGAAUUUUGCGUCACCUCUUUGAAAAUUGUUAAGUCAACUGAGAAUCGACCGAGAUGCAGCUGGCUAUGUACAAACUUGUUUCCUUUUUUUUAAUUUUAAAACAAGUUUCCCCCCCCCCCCUCACAUGUCAUAAACUGCUGGAACAUUUUCUUAUUCAA